UAGGAUGCUAAGUUCGAGGUUCAUAAUCUAAGUCUCAUAAGAUCCCCCUUAUCAUUUGAUGUGUUCUUGUCCUUCCUUAACCUAAACGUGUGAAGCUCUUGCUAAAUGAUUCUGUACGCUGCUGUACAUAACCUUAACUCUAACCCUGACCUUGUUCGUUGCCAAUGUCCAAGACAGGUAAGUACCUACCUCAACGUUCAUUCGAAGCAUGUGAUAACUUAUUAAUAUCUUAGUAUAAUUGGCUACACGCAACGCGGUACCUUCCCUACCAAACCUAUUUGAUGACAUCAUGAUCACACUACAUCGCAAUAGCCAGUGAAUGCAACGUUCACCUUGUAUCCUCCCAGGAUACGCUAAAGCAACUACCCCGGAUUUCUAGGGGCAAUUUAUAUCAAUUCUCACGCGGAACUCGCCCCGCAGAAAUACUCCCCACAGUCUCCUUCUCCUGACUUUACAUGAUUCCUCCUCGGGGUACCGGAAAUACAUCUCGGAGGUGUGAAUCAUGGCGUCCGCGAAGAAGACGCGUGAAAUGGAUUCACUUCCGAGGAGGGCUAAGCAGCAGUAUGUCGUCGCGAUGGUCAUCGCAGCUCUCCUGUGGGCAGCCUUUAUGGUCGACAUCCUCUACUUGAGACCCGGGCUUUUGUCAAUGGCGCAGAAGGCUUUCGGACUGCUGCUGGCCUUAGCUAUUACCUACACGCAGACCACGCUGCGUGGAGAGCAUCGGUAUUAUGUCGAGAUGGCGAAAGCCGGGUGUGAGCCUUUGCCAUCAUUCCCAAACGACCUUCUCGGAAUACGGUUCCUACUGGAUGCAGCGCGGCAGAUAAAGUCGAACACCUUGCUAGCAGGAUGGAGCCGGCUUUUCGACACGCUAGGACACACGUACCAGCAUAGAAUAUUUCCCAAUCCGGGCGUCGUCAUCGCGACAGACGAGCCAGAGAACGUUCGCACCGUGCUCGUCGUGCGAUUCGACGAUUGGGUUAUCCCGCAGAUGCGAACCCGUGCUUUCCUCCCCGUUCUCGGCCGCCACUCUAUUUUCACCACCAACGGCGACGAAUGGAGGCACUCGAGGGCAACUUUGCGGCCGGCCUUCGUGCGUGACCAAGUUGCCGACCUGCGCUGUCUCGAUCACCACGUCGCUAAAAUGAUCAGUCACGUCCCGCGCGACGGGCAACCUUUCGAUUUACAGGCCAUGCUUGCCAUGCUAACGAUCGACACCAUCUCCGACUUCAUGUUUGGUAAUUCGACGGAUUUAUUAGGCACUGCUCCUGAGGACGGACUCCGAUUUGGCCGCUGUUUUGACCUGUCUAUGCAAAAGAUCGCCCACCGGGCGAGAUUAGGUUGGCUAACGCUACUCCGGCCGGACCGCGAACUGGAUGAAUGCACUUCGUUCAUCAAUGCGUACGUGGAGAAAUAUAUCGCCAACGUGAAAGCGGAGCGGGACGAGAAAAAGGGGAUGGGCCAGGAUAGUCAAGGCGGCAAGCGGUACGUGUUCCUCAACGAACUACUCGAGACGGGAGAACCGGACGAAGUGAUUCGUGAUCAUCUCGUAAGCAUCUUUACGGCCGGUCGAGAUACUACCACAAGUGUAUUGUCUUAUCUAUUUUUCGAACUCUCGCGGCGACCAAACGUAGUGGAAGCUAUUCAGCGUGAGGUGGAAGAACUGAACCUACGUGAUAUGGACCAGCUCCCAUCAUGGGAAGACUUGCGCAAUAUGAAGUAUUUGAACUGGGCUGUAAAGGAGGCCCUCAGGUUAAACCCUCCCGUGGCGACAAACGGGCGUGAGGCCGUCCGUGAUACAAUUAUUCCGAGAGGCGGCGGGCCCGACGGCAAGUCCCCCGUAUUCGUCAAGAAGGGAACCCUACUUCGCUAUUUUCCUUGGGCAUUGCAUAGACGGCGGAAUAUCUAUGGUGAUGAUGCUGAUGAAUUCCGUCCGGAGCGCUGGGAGACACUGAGAACUACUUUUGAGUAUGUCCCGUUUAACGCGGGACCGCGCAUUUGCGUCGGACAGCAAUUCGCCCUAACGCAGUUGGCGUUCGUCACCUUUCGGAUACUACAGGCUUUUAGGGCGAUCGAGCGGAGGGACGACAGGCCGCCAAUCCAAAAGUUCGGGAUCAACACCUCCAUGCUUCACGGAUGCUGGGUCAGCAUGACGCCGGCGUGAGUAAAGUUGAAUGUUUAGCUGUCUAUUAGAUAGCAUAAGUUAACCUCAGCCCCGCUUUACUUAGCAAAGGCACAGUGAUUUGCAUUACAGGCCUAACAAUGCAGGCUCGAGAAAAUAUUUAAAGGACUAGGAAGUCAAGACUACCUACAUGUUUCCGAGACACAUGCCCUGAAAUCCGAGAUGGAUUAAAAAAGAGGCUGACUGAUCUAUAGGGACUUUGCAGGGCACUGUAAAUUGAGCUAGGACCAGGCAUUGGCCUACAGGUAGAUUAGGUA